GCGGCAUGAGCGGCGCGCGGCGGAGCUGACGCCGCGCCCCCUGCCCCGGUCCAUGUCCUUCGCCAUGCUGCGCUCGGCGCCGCCGGGCCGCUACCUGUACCCCGAGGUGAGCCCGCUGUCGGAAGACGAGGACCGCGGCAGCGAGAGCUCGGGCUCGGACGAGAAACCCUGCCGCGUGCACUCGGCGCGCUGCGGCCUCCAGGGCGCCCGGCGACGGGCGGGAGGCCGGCGGGCCGGGGGCGGCGGGCAGGGGCCCGGGGGACGGCCGGGCCGCGAGCCCCGGCAGCGGCACACAGCGAACGCGCGCGAGCGGGACCGCACCAACAGCGUGAACACGGCCUUUACGGCGCUGCGCACGCUCAUCCCCACCGAGCCGGCCGACCGCAAGCUCUCCAAGAUCGAGACGCUGCGCCUGGCCUCCAGCUACAUCUCGCACCUGGGCAACGUGCUGCUGGUGGGCGAGGCCUGCGGGGACGGGCAGCCGUGCCACUCGGGGCCCGCCUUCUUCCACGCCACGCGCACGGGUAGUCCCCCGCCGCCGCCGCCGCCGCCGCCGCCGCCUGCCCGAGACGGCGAGAACGCCCAACCCAAACAGAUCUGCACCUUCUGCCUCAGCAACCAGAGAAAGUUGAGCAAAGACCGAGACAGAAAGACAGCAAUUCGAAAUUAGGAGGCUGGUCCACAGCAGUGGGAGGUGGAUGCCGCUGGGGACCCACGGAGAGCCUCACCUUGGACCUAAUCUGGGCACAGGUCCCUCAAGAGCAAGCUCACCAGGCCAGAACUGCCCAGGCUAUGAGCAGAGCCAAUGGACAGACAGAUGGACGGUGAUUUGACUGAGUAACCCAGCACUUACCCAGGCCCACUGGAACUUUCCAUGCUGGCUCCCUACCUGGGCCAAGUGUUGGCGUCUUGCAUCUCUGAUAUAAUAUAAAGUCUGGAAGUUUUGUAUAAUUAAAAAUGAAACAGUAUCUCCCAAAUACAGAGGCAGACUGUCCUCUGGAAGGAUCCAAACUCACCAUGCCCGCCCUCAUCUGAGCCUGUACUUCCAUCCUUGGAGCCCCAUCUGCCCUGGGCUAGGACGCCUAAUUCUGAGAAGGCACCUCCUUUUCAGAGCUAGAGGGAGGCAGAUCCAGGAGAGGGAGGCCUAGAUCACCCAACAGCCUCUUUCUGGGGACCUGUGGGGUGGGG